AUGGACCUCCUCGCCGACUCCACGCGACCAUUCCAUGUAGAACCGUCUGGGAAUCGCUCUGCUGCUUCUCCCAAGAGAUCCCCUUCGUUCUCAUCAGCUCGGCCCAGAAGCCGUGAACGUGCCGCCCCGCCCCUCUCUCACAAUGCCCUCAGCUCGAGACCUGUGACUUCUGCCGACACCCAGGGGGGUAAUCUCAAUCGCUGGUCGAAGUCCACGAACUCCAGCACUAUCAGCCACGCGCAUAAGCGUUCAAAUUCAUCUGCGAGACGGAUGUCGCUAGGUGCUGGAUUGUCGUUCCUGGAUACAUCAUCCCCGCCUCGGAAGUUGCAGAAACCACACCCCUCGACAACAGCCUCCCCCACCUCUCAGAUCAAAGUCACUCGGCCGGCAUUUGACCCCCCUGCGAUAUCUCUCCCUCCAAUCAAUACUUUACCGAGUCUGCAGACGUCCCUGAUGAACAAUUCCUCUCCCCUGACUGGACCUACUACUCCAUCGCCUUCCACCGCCCAAAUACUUUCGGCUGCCGCUCGAUCUGUAGACUACUUCGGAAAAGGCUGGGAAGAUUCGUCGUUGGGGCCUAGAGACUUUUCGCACAGGAGAUCGCCUUCGACGUCUCGAUCUGCGAAUUUUGGACCAUCGCCAGUUCUCCAGUCUGCAUUCUCGACAGACAGUAGACGUCAAUUCGGGGAAGAAGAGGAAGAAAGACCGCGGUCCAGGGGCCACUCACGGCACCGUUCACAAACCAAAGGCAGCUCCUCUUCAAAUCGAAGUUCUAAACAACCUUCCCAGAAAGCCAUGCUUUCAAAAGCUCUGCAGAAAGCUAACACAGCUGUACUUCUCGACAAUGCGCAGAAUUUCGAGGGGGCCAUGCAGGCCUACUCCGAGGCCUGUACUUUACUCCAACAGGUAAUGCUACGAAGUUCUGGAGACGACGAUAGGCGAAAAUUGGAAGCAAUCCGAAAUACGUAUACGAGCCGCAUCAGUGAGCUGAAAAAGAUCGCUCCUCAUCUAGAAGACGACGGCAAGGCUUUACCUGCUCGGCCCGAGAGUGAUGGAAGGAGGAGUAGGGAGGAUCAGGUUCAUGAUUUGGAUGAGGAUGAAGAGCAAGUCAUUAUUGAGACGGCAACGGUUACCAGAAUCGUGAAUGACCCUUCUUACAUCACAGAACCCCCACAGAGCAGAUCAAUAUCAGCCUCGCAGCUACCUCAGCGCAGGGAAUCACUACUGCAAUCGGGAUUAGACACCUUGCAGUACAGGCCCAAGAAUCCUUCCGAUUUAUACGGACGGUCGUACUCUAAAUCGCCGAUGAGAGAGCGAGUCACAGAGACUGAUGUACAACUUGGGCCGCCAAUGGAGAGCAUGUACAUGCCGCCUCCACUCUCACCUCGACGUCCGGCUUCGCCAUUGACUCUCGCCCCUCAACUGAAUCACCAGGGACAACAAUCCGCCGAUCUUCUGAAUACUACCCAUUCAGGAGUAUCUCCAGCAAAAGGCCACAAUAGAGUACCCAGUAAUGAAUCUAUGUCGUGGCUAGAUACCAUAGAUGAAUCUGGUGAUUCCGCCGCCUCAUCUGUUCAUUCCAGAUCAUCAUCGUUGAGGUUGCGACGAAAAUAUAUCCGAGCCCCAAAUGGCGCCACGGGGACGGAAUUUGAUACGGCCUUAGACGCAGCAAUUGAGGCUGCCUAUGAUGAGGGCUUUGAGCCAAUGGAUCCUGCAGAGCCCACUCGGUAUGACUUUGAUGAUGAUGACGAAAUCGUUGCCAACGUUAGACGGAAGGUAGAAUUGGCGAAAGAAAGGGUACGCCAGUCAGAACGUGAAGCAGCCAUUCACACCGCGCGCGACAAAGAACGAAAACGAUUGCUACAGAAGAAGCAAGAACAAUUGAACGGCCUUGAUGACGACUAUGAAGGGAAUGAAUCGGAGGAAGAAGAACGCAUGCUGGAAGAGAUGACAAGGGGUUAUGUGAUGGAUGACUUCGAAUUUGGCUUACAAUCAAAAUCAGCCCUGCCUCGGGAAUCCGAUUCGAGUGGCUUUUCCGGUAGGACGUGGAACAGCUCGAUAGGAUCAAACCCCACUACAGCAGGAACGUCACUUUCGACUGUCACUGAAGCAUCGAUGCUCCCUCAAUUGCCUGCAUUGCAAUCUAAGACACCUCCACCUAUGCACCCUCCGCCUCUCCAAGCUCUACCACCUCCCCCCAGCCAGGGAAACCAGCCACCGCCAAUUCCGGUCUCAAACUCACAAGGGGUCCGAAGCAGGCGUCUUUCAGGACAAAAUGCGAAACAACUCAAGAUUGAGACAACAACUAGGAUGCCAAGUAGCCAGGCUCCUCCUUCGAUGCUGCCACCACGGCUACCUAAUAGCACUGAUCACAACCACCCUAAGACUGCUGACCUGCCCCAACAGCGGCAGCCCAUGGCUGUGGUACCAGGUCGACCGGCUAUACCCCAAUCCGCACGACAAGCUUCGUCUCCCUUUCCUGGCGCAACAAGUCCAAUUGAGGUUCUUUCGCGUCCUACGCCAACUCUACACCAAACCUUCACCAACGAGAGUGACCAGUUGCCUCGAUCUGGCUCACCAGGCCGUGGCCAGUCAAGAGGCGGACUGCGAAAGAAUUUCUCUUCAUCAAGCUUGAAAAAUAUGAAGAGCCGAAAUUUAUCAGUCUCCAAUGUUGAUGACGGCGGGUCUGACCUGUCACCAAAUACACCACUGAGUUCCCAAUUCAUUGGAAGGGAUCCGAGUGGGAAGUUACCUGCUAUGCCUACGUUGCCAACUCCAAUUGCAGCCGCUUUUAAGGAUAAAUUGAAUGGAAUGCCUGCAGGCGGAAUGUACCUGUUCAACAGUGAUAUCCAUUCCCCGGAGAGCCCAGGGUCGCCUAGUCCUCUAAGUGCCGGGGCACCGAUACCGCUCGAACCAUGCCCAACUGAAUUCCUUCUCCGACCAUUCUGGCUCAUGCGAGCUCUGUAUCAAACAAUCGCGCACCCUCGAGGUGGAUACUUGUCCACCAAACUCUUUAUUCCAAGAGAUGUGUGGCGGGUGAAAGGUGUCAAGAUUAAGGGGUUGGAAGACAAAAUUGCAAAUUGUGAUUUCCUCACAGCGGCACUGAUGAAGCUUGCACAAGUGGAUACUUUUGAUGCCGACGCUGUUCUUGAAGAGAUGCAAUCUCUGGAGGGUGUGCUUGAACAAGUGCAAGCGACGUUGACGAAGAAACUUGGAAAUGAGGUCGGCGUUCAAGGCUCUGGAGGUAUGUUCAAGGAUGCCUCCACUGGAGGAGAAUCGGAGACAAGCAACGUAACCUCGAAAUCGGGCAGCAUGUCGAGCAAAUCCUCCUCGUUUUCUUGGAGGAGAUUGAGAUCAAAAAAUUCUGGAGUUGGCCUCUCUAACGCUUACUCAAACAAAACGCCUGUGGACGGGCCAAGGGAGGGACUGACAAUGGCAACAUUGCCAAUGACCUCGACGUCGGUUGCCAAGGUUCGCUUUGCAAAGAGGGACGUUACACAGCUCCAGUUUUCUGGCCCCAAUGCGAACUACAUGAGUGCGUUGGCAAGGCUUUUCGACGCUGCACAAACUUUAGACCAAAUCGCACGCCAAGUCGAAGACCCAGGCCUCAGACAUGCAGACAAGACGCAAGUUGGGCUCGAAUUAUGUACACGUCAUGCUGCCGAAUUCUUCGGUUUUUACAUAUGCCGGUUUGUGUUGACGGACGUUGGGAUGCUUUUGGAUAAGUUCUUGAAACGAGGAACCGAAUGGGUGAUGCUAUGA